GUUCAGUUUGUGUUGAACUGCAGAGCAAUGGGGAAGUCAGUGCUUUUGGGUCUAGUGCUUGUUGCCCUAAUAGGCAUACAGUUGGUGAACUCUUUAACCUGUUAUAGCUGUAAAUCGGAGGCGUCGUGUCGCAACCCUAGCUUCCAAGUCUGCAGCAAUGCAACUGUCAGUGCCAACAUGGCCUUUUUAAAGACCGUGUACACAGAUGUGCCUACACUAAUUGACAAUUCUCAGUACAAAUGCGCCAACCUUUCAUCUUCAUUUUCCAGUAAUAUGACGGCCGAAUUUCAAGGUUGCAUCGACAAAUUUUUCAACAUCUGCUUUAUGGCGUCAAACACUCCCCCAUUCAACAUUAACAUGACCUGCGACAUGUGCAAUUGGAGCUAUUGUAAUACUGCGGGUCUCCCCCCUCCACCCAACAGUAACAUUCCUGCGAGUCUCUCCCCUCCCCUAAAUAAAAAUAAUCCUGCAGGUGCUCAUAGCCAAAGCACUUACACAAUUAUCGCUACAGCAAUAGCUCUCAUUAUUUUCAAGGCGAUACUUUCGGAAAUCCUAUAAGUAAAGCUGGGUAUGCCCCUGGGUUGGCACUUUUCUAUUAUUGGCUUGGCGUUGCCACAUCGAUAAAAAUCUGUACCUUGUGCAGUCUGCACAAUGUUGUUUCCUCGUCAAAA